AAGAAUUCUAACCCGAUUUCUAUUAGAAACACAAAAGUAAAUGUAAAAAAAAACACACACACACACACUUUUAAGAAACCACCAUCUCAUCCUCUUUUUUUUUAUCAUAGGUCUUUUUGGAAACGUAAAGGACUGAAACUACCAGGAAGGUAAAAAAAAGCAAAAAAACGUUUUAAAAAAAAGACCCAAACCAACCCUAAAACAAAAAAAAAGAAAUAAACCCUAAAAAACAAAUAAAUAAAAAAAAACUCAGUGUUAGUAUUGUUCCUAGUUGGACCACCACCACCACAACAACAACAACGACAAAUAACGGACAAGAACAACCAGUGGUGAUUGGAGCAAGAUAUACCUAUAAUAGUUUAGUUACCCAUCAUGAUGCCACCCCAUUACCCGUCAUGUUACCCUCUCAAUACGCCCAUACCACCACCACGACUAGCACCAUGAGUAGUAACAUGUCACCCCCUCGUCAUGGAAAACAAUCGACUUCGCCAUCUAUGCAAGGCCAAACCACCAAAACGACAAAAAACCACGUUCGAAGUACAUCGCACCCUAAAUCCUUUAACGCGUUUUUGAAGGAUACCAAUGAUGAAUGGAGUGAUGACAUUGUUACCAAAGUCAAAGCGGCCAAACCCUCCGUGCAUGACCAACCCAAAGGCAACGACCUCUCUCCAUCAGGCCUUGUGUCACCUCCCGCACCGCUUACCACCACCAUUAGUUCCCAACCCAACAACAACAAAAAAUCGAGGGACGGCAUCAAAGACCAUGUUCAAGACAUCUUGCUCGACCCCACCUUUCUCCUCAAUUGGCUCGACGUGGAAGCCACACGCGAUCCUUCCCGUACCAAAAAAUUCAAAGAGGUGCUCCGUGUUUCCAAUGUGGAUUUAGUCUCUCUGCGAUCCCUCAGCUGGAGUGGUAUACCACGAGAACUACGCAUGAUGGCAUGGCAGCUUUUGUUGGGUUAUUUACCGUGUAAUUCCGCACGAAGAGAAAUCACCUUGGCCAGAAAACGAAAGGAAUAUGCCGAUAGUGUGACUGCAACGUAUGCAAGAGGAACAGCAGGUUUAGAUCAAGCUUUAUGGCAUCAAAUCCAUAUUGAUAUACCCAGAACUAAUCCUGGUAUACCCUUGUAUCAGUAUGAAGCCACACAACUGUGUCUGGAGAGAAUAUUAUAUCAAUGGGCGAUACGACACCCAGCAAGUGGCUACGUACAAGGAAUCAAUGAUUUAGUCACACCCAUCUUUGAAGUGUUUCUUUCGGCCUAUAUCGAUGAAGAUCCUGAACAAUAUGAUGUGAGCCAGUUGGAUCCACAUGUCUUGUCCGUGAUUGAAGCAGAUAGUUUCUGGUGUUUAUCCAAAUUGUUGGAUGGCAUUCAAGACAAUUAUACAUUUGCCCAACCUGGUAUUCAAAGGCAAAUUUUAACGCUAAAAGAGCUUGUCACACGUAUUGAUGCCCGUUUAGCGUGUCAUUUACAAAAUGAAGGAAUCGAGUUUAUUCAAUUUGCAUUUCGCUGGAUGAAUUGUUUAUUGAUGCGUGAGCUCCCUUUGCGUAGUACGAUUCGCAUGUGGGAUACUUAUUUAGCAGAGGGGUCGUCGGAAGGAUUUUCAGAGUUCCAUGUGUAUGUCUGUGCAGCGUUUUUAGUGAAAUGGUCGAACCAGUUACAGAAACUGGAUUUUCAAGGCGUCAUGAUAUUUUUACAACAAUUACCAACACAGGGAUGGCAAGAAAAGGACGUUGAAUUAUUAUUGUCUGAGGCCUACAUGUGGAAAACCUUAUUUCAUAACGCUCCAAGUCACCUGAAAUAAAUAAAAAAUUAUUUUUGACAAUUA